CUGUUUAUCAGCUCAUAUUGUUUUUAUUACAAAGUUGUCUUAAAUGACUGAAAAACGAAGAUCAGUUUAUGAUCUGGUGAAAGAAAGGUUCCGAAUAGGAGAGAGAGUGACGUACCUGCAUCGCGUCAUCUAUGUUGGGGAACACAGUUUCAGCGAAAAUCCGACAAUGAAGCAGUUUUUCGAAGGAAUAAUUAUGGAGGUAAACUCUCAGGACCCAGACGAAAUCCUCACAGGAUUCCUGCUCUACUACCACAAGCUGUUCGUGCAUAUUGUUGAGGGAUCCGAAGCAACAAUCCUGAGACAUCUACGCAGGGUCUACGCGCUUAUAGACGGGGGCGAAGCAAGACUCGGCACUAUGAGAGUUCUCAUCGUUUGUCACAACAUCAACGAGGUACCCGUCUCUGAUUAUCUGUACUUGCAGAGAUUUUUCAAACAAUGGACUGGAUGCAUGGCCAGACCCCCAUCACUUGAGGGAACUGAUCCUACAUGUGACGCACAAACGUGGCAGAACGUCAGGGCCUGCGUCACCAAAAUGUACAAGCUGUCCGCGUUCUUGAACCAACAGUCCAUGGUAAAUGUGAACACAGCUAUAGACCAUUUAUCACAGACAGUGCCAACCUACCUGCCUGAAAUUGACCUCCUCACCUUCUUGUUAGGGAGCAAGGUGCUUCUGGAUCUUCGAAAGUACAUGAACAUAUACUUCAUCAUAGUCACAAGAAAAUCUUACCAAGAAAGCAUCUGGCCCAUUCAGGCAGAACUCGUUCCAUUCCAGUUCCUGAAUCCUGAAGAAUAUACAUUCCUAUGUGAUGUGGAGGAUGUGCUGGCGAGACCAACUGCCAGUAUAGAAACAGAGCCCCAGUCAUGAGGAACCACAAUGACCAAAACUGGGCAUGUGGCCUUCUGGCACAUUCUUUGUAUGAAAUGCUCUCUCUCAUAGCUGAUGCUUUUGAUUAAAAUCUUGACACAUGACUUUUA